AUGCAAGCAAUCAGCACAAGUCAAACUGCCAAUGCUUCAACCAGCCAGCCAGACAGUUCAAACAAAGAAAAUGUUGAAAACUCCGAUUCUGGGAACAACAAGAGGUGGCAGCUAANACAGACAGAAAAUGUGGAAAACUCCGAUUCUGGGAACAACAAGAGGUGGCAGCUAAGCGACUUUGAAAUUGGAAAGCCACUCGGAAGAGGAAAGUUCGGCAAUGUUUAUUUGGCGCGGGAGAAGAAGAGCAAGUACAUCGUUGCACUAAAGGUGCUCUUCAAGUCCCAGCUCAUCAACAACAAUGUGCACCACCAGCUAAAGCGAGAAAUCGAGAUUCAAUCUCAUCUACGACAUUCUAAUAUUCUUCGACUUUUUGGAUACUUUUACGACGACACACGCGUGUACUUGAUUUUAGAGUAUGCACAAAAGGGCGAACUGUAUACGCUUCUGCGAAAUGCAGGUCGCUUUGAUGAGAAGCAAGCAGCAAUAUACCUCUCGCAGUUGAUUGAGGCUCUCAGGUACUGUCAUGAGCGAAACGUCAUUCACCGAGACAUCAAGCCCGAGAACAUUCUGGUCGAUGGAAAGGGUCAGGUGAAGAUUGCCGAUUUUGGGUGGUCUGUGCACGCACCAUCCUCUCGCCGGGACACCAUGUGCGGCACCUUGGACUAUCUCGCUCCGGAGAUGAUCCAACACCGACCUUACGAUCACACCGUUGACCUGUGGUGCCUUGGCAUUCUCGCUUUUGAGUUUCUCGUCGGAAAUCCGCCAUUUGAGACGCAGAAUGCCACUGAAACCUACAAACGCAUUGUUACUCUGAGCUACCGAAUUCCCGACUUUGUGAGCGAGCUUGCUCAAAACUUUAUAAAACGCCUAAUCGUCAAAGAGCCCAUGAAGCGAAUGUCAUUGCUAGAAGCACGACACCACCCUUGGAUCAAGAUGCACACCACUUCUGGACGUUAA